CUUUGCUGACUUCCCUGGGACCUUGUUGUAAGGCUUCGCAGGCUGAAUUUUCUCAUGGCUCUGAAGGGUGUUUCCAUCUGGAGUUGUUCUCAAGCUACUCAAUUGGGUGUUGCAAAUUCCCAUUCGGGUAAUUCUGGACAGAUUGUGAAUUUGAGAGGUGACUUUGGGAAAUGCCGCAAAUGGGAAUGCUGUUGUUUGGCUGUUUUAGCUCAGAGAGCUACGACUCCUGUUGAAGAUGAGAAGCCAACUAUGCCGGUGGUUAAAAUUUCUGGGCCCAGUGAUGGGGCUCAUGAAAAUGACUCCAAGGGGUUUCACAAGGAUUUAAACCUGCUUCCUAAGCCAUUGACAGCUAAUGACGUUUCUUCUUCUCCAAGUGAUGGAUCAAAGGUGCGUGUUGCAUAUCAGGGUCUUCCUGGGGCAUAUAGUGAGGAUGCAGCUUUGAAGGCAUAUCCAAAAUGUGAGACUGUUCCUUGUGAUGAAUUUGAAGUUGCAUUCAAGGCAGUUGAGUUAUGGAUAGUGGAUAAAGCUGUUCUACCCAUUGAAAAUUCUGUUGGUGGAAGCAUCCACCGUAAUUAUGAUUUGCUUCUUCGCCAUAGGCUGCACAUUGUUGGAGAGGUGCAGUUGCAAGUUAAUCACUGCCUCUUAGGCUUGCCUGGUGUGAAAACGGAGGAGCUCAAACGUGUUGUGAGUCAUCCUCAGGCUCUGGCUCAAUGCGAGGUGAUGCUUAACAACUUACAUGUUAUCAAAGUUGGUUCACCUGAUACAGCUGGGGCUGCUCGGACAGUGGCCUCCAAUGGAAUUAGAGACACUGGAGCUAUUGCAAGUGCCAGAGCUGCCAAACUUUAUGGCCUAAACAUUCUUGCAGAAAAUGUCCAGGAUGAUGAUGAUAAUAUUUCACGUUUUCUGAUCCUUGCAAGGGAGCCUGUAAUUCCAGGAACUGACAGACAUAAGACUAGUAUUGUUUUCAGUCUGGAAGAAGGUCCUGGUGUCCUUUUCAAAGCUUUGGCAGUUUUUGCUUUGAGGGACAUUAAUUUAUCAAAGAUAGAGAGUCGUCCACAGCUGCAACGUCCAUUGAGGGUGGUUGAUGAUUCAAAUCAAGGAAGAGCCAGGUACUUUGACUACCUCUUCUACAUCGACUUUGAAGCUUCUAUGGCAGAACCUCGUGCACAAUUUGCUUUAGGACAAUUACAGGAAUUUGCAAGUUUUCUUCGUGUUCUUGGUUGUUAUCCUAUGGAUACAGUAUGAUUGAGGCUGAAUGCCUGAACAAGGAGUAGAAGAAGUAUAUGCUGUAAAUUUUACUGAUCUGGG